GUCCGCGGCUUUGCGGGGGUAGCGGAGCGGUGGCUCCGGCAGUCGGGGGAAUCCAGGUGCCGAGGCGCUGGGGCUUAGGUGGCAGUUCGGGCCGUUAGGGAGACCCAAACGGCACUGACCCUUGACCUCGGGGCGCUCCCCCAUCAGGCGCGAUGGCUACAGGCGCGGAUGUGCGGGACAUUCUAGAACUCGGAGGUCCAGAGGGGGAUGCAGCUUCCGGGACCAUCAGCAAGAAGGACAUUAUCAACCCGGACAAGAAAAAGUCCAAGAAAUCCUCCGAGACACUGACCUUCAAGAGGCCUGAGGGCAUGCACCGAGAGGUCUAUGCACUGCUCUACUCUGACAAGAAGGAUGCACCCCCACUGCUACCCAGUGACACUGGCCAAGGCUACCGCACAGUGAAAGCCAAGUUGGGCUCUAAGAAGGUGCGGCCCUGGAAGUGGAUGCCAUUCACCAACCCAGCCCGCAAGGACGGAGCUAUGUUCUUCCACUGGCGACGGGCGGCUGAGGAGGGCAAGGACUACCCCUUUGCCAGGUUCAACAAGCAGACUGUGCAGGUCCCCGUGUACUCAGAGCAGGAGUACCAGCUGUACCUGCACGACGACGCCUGGACCAAGGCAGAGACGGACCAUCUCUUUGACCUCAGCCGCCGCUUUGACUUACGGUUUGUAGUUAUCCAUGACCGCUACGACCACCAGCAGUUCAAGAAGCGUUCCGUGGAAGACUUGAAGGAGCGGUACUACCAUAUCUGUGCCAAGCUUGCCAACGUGCGCGCUGUGCCAGGCACGGACCUCAAGAUACCGGUGUUUGAUGCUGGGCACGAGCGACGGCGGAAGGAGCAGCUGGAGCGUCUCUACAACCGGACCCCAGAGCAGGUCGCGGAGGAGGAGUAUCUGCUGCAGGAGCUGCGCAAGAUCGAGGCCCGGAAGAAGGAGAGGGAGAAGCGCAGCCAGGACCUGCAGAAGCUGAUAACAGCGGCGGACACCACCGCAGAGCAGCGGCGCACGGAGCGCAAAGCCCCCAAGAAGAAGCUACCCCAGAAAAAGGAGGCGGAGAAGCCGGCUGUUCCUGAGACUGCAGGCAUCAAGUUCCCGGACUUCAAGUCUGCCGGCGUCACCCUGCGGAGCCAGCGGAUGAAGCUGCCAAGCUCUGUGGGACAGAAGAAGAUCAAGGCCCUGGAGCAGAUGCUGCUGGAGCUUGGUGUGGAGCUGAGCCCAACGCCCACGGAGGAGCUGGUGCACAUGUUCAACGAGCUGCGGAGUGACCUGGUGCUGCUCUACGAGCUCAAGCAGGCCUGUGCCAACUGCGAGUAUGAGCUCCAGAUGCUGCGGCACCGGCACGAGGCCCUGGCUAGGGCCGGCGUGCUCGGGGGCCCCGCCACACCAGCAUCCGGCCCGGCCCCAGCCUCUGCUGAGCCAGCAGUACCUGAACCUGGUCUCGGUCCCGACCCCACCAAGGACACCAUCAUUGAUGUGGUGGGCGCGCCCCUCACGCCCAAUUCGAGGAAGCGACGGGAGUCAGCCUCCAGUUCCUCUUCUGUGAAGAAAGCCAAGAAGCCAUGAGAGGCCACACGGGGUGUGGGUGCUGCUGUGUAAAUAGAGCUGCUGAGUUGGA